GUUCUUUUGUCUCUCAUCACCUUACCGCAACCAAACUGUGCCCUUGUGUCGCGGCGAGGGUCGAAGUCACCCCUCCUGUCCCUUUCACUCUCCACCUCCCCUCACCUAAAAAUAACCCUCCAAACUCCACUCCUCACCAGACAGAAGCCUCAAGAAUCACUGCUCUCAACAAAACCUCCUCUUGCCCGUUUUGUUUUCGAUAAUACUCAAAUUAGGAGAGAUGAAGAGAUUGAAAAGCUACUACAUGCACCUACGCCACCACCAAAACAUGGAAAGGAAAUGGAUCUUUCCGUUAGCUAUUGGCUCUAUAGUCUCUCUUUUCCUCCUCUUCCUUACAGCAAUCACCACCUCAGACGGCAUGUCUCUGUUUCCUUUCUACCGUUCCUUCUCUUCUUUCAGCUCUAAAUUUGUUGAAACUAAAAUCCACCCGAUACCCACUUCAAAUCUCCCUCCACCCCCUCGAUUUGCCUACUUAAUCUCUGGCUCUGCCGGUGAUGGCAGCAUGUUGAAGCGGACCUUACAAGCUCUCUACCAUCCCAACAACCAAUACGUUGUUCAUUUGGACAGGGAAUCCUCGGACGAGGAGAGAUUAGAUCUAAGCAAUUUUGUUAAAGACCACCCUGUUUUUCUCAGGUUUGGUAACGUAAGAAUGAUUACUAAAGCUAAUCUUGUUACCUAUAGAGGACCCACUAUGGUGGCUAAUACAUUACAUGCUGCUGCUAUCUUGUUGAGAGAAGGUGGGGAUUGGGAUUGGUUUAUUAAUCUUAGUGCAUCUGAUUAUCCACUUGUCACACAGGAUGAUCUGUUGCACACAUUUUCAUAUCUGCCAAGGGAUCUUAAUUUUAUUGAUCAUACAAGUAACAUUGGAUGGAAAGAGUUUCAAAGGGCAAAGCCGGUAAUUAUAGAUCCGGGGUUGUAUAUGACAAAGAAAGCUGAUGUUUUUUGGAUUACGCAGAGGAGGAGUGUCCCAACAGCAUUUAAAUUGUUUACAGGUUCUGCCUGGAUGGCGCUGUCUCGGCCUUUUAUUGAUUAUACCAUAUGGGGAUGGGACAAUUUACCUCGAACAGUGCUAAUGUACUAUGCGAACUUUAUAUCUUCCCCAGAAGGUUACUUCCACACUGUCAUUUGCAAUGCUCAAGAAUUUCUAAACACCACUGUGAACAGUGACCUGCAUUUCAUAUCUUGGGACAACCCACCGAAGCAGCAUCCACAUCACCUCAACCUUGCUGACAUGCAAAGGAUGAUCGACAGCAAUGCUCCAUUUGCUAGAAAGUUCCCCCAAGACGAUCCUGUGCUUGACAAGAUUGAUUCUGAGCUCCUGUCUCGUAGUCCAGGCAUGUUUACUCCUGGUGGUUGGUGCGUAGGAAGCAGGGAGAAUGGGACCGAUCCAUGCUCUGCUAUCGGUAAUACAACUGUCCUGAGACCUGGCCCUGGAGCUAAAAGGUUGGAGACAAUGAUCAGCACUCUGCUAUCAAAUGAAAAUUUUCGACCAAGGCAGUGCAAAUAGCAAACAGCAAACAUGUAAAGCAAAGAGAUAUUUCUGAUGCCAUUGAGUUGCUUUCUUCAGAAGAGCAGAGAGCCUUAACUCAGGUAAGUUGUAAGGUAAGUUGUAUUGCUUCUAGCGGGGACGAAAGGCGCUAGUAUACACAGUCUAUCACUUGUAGAGCGAUAUUGGAGAGAUGAAUUGUGUGGAGGAUAUAGAGCUGGGUUUCCUUCACCACAGUAGUAUCAUGGUAUAGAUGACACAGCUGCUCAUCCUUGUGACCAGGCAGCCCAAUUUACUUGUUUUUUUAUUUUACCCUUUUUCUAAUCCCUGUAUUUCCCAUGGUUGAAUCACUCCUCACCUUUCCCAGUAUCUCGUGCUGGGGUUGAAGUGCAUCUGGCCAUAUUAAUGUUAGAUAAAAAGGGAAAAGUUCAAUGAAAUUUCAUUGAAUGAUUUCCUUGUAUCGAACUGCUUUACGUGUAACAGCAGCAGCAAUUUGGUAAAAGAGUGGCGACUAUCGGGCAAGAAAACUGUUGGAUUCA